CCAAUCUUCGAAUACAUUUUCGGAAUUACAUAACCUAACCUCGAAAUUUUGACAAUAGACUUUGGGAGUAUUAGCGAAUAUUUUUGUAUCCACGAAACGAGCAAACUGAAGCAACAAAAUGGCUGGAGAAAGUGCUGAGGAUGCUAAAUUGACUGGAUUGUCCAAACAUUUCAAUGGCUCCACAAUGCGUGGUCGCGCAAAUGUGGCUAAGGCUACAUAUGCCGUGCUUGGUCUCGUCAUUGCCUACAACGUUAUUAAACCCAAGAAGAAGUAAGGAAAUCAUAUUCGCUUCUGUAGACCUAAACAUAGCUAUGUACAAAUCGUUUGAGCAGUGUAAAAUAGAUCAACUGCAAGUGGAGGAAUGCUGGCCAAUAGCCUUUUUAACUAGGCGUAGCUUGUUGUGGGGGAAAAUUUAUUUGCUUAUUUUGCAAGUGGAAAUGUGUGUUUUCAUUAAAGUAAAAUGUGAAAUAAAAAUGUAUUGAAACGAA